AACUGGAGAAUUUGGAGGUUUCGGAUAUGAAAUUAGGAGAAGGCUCAAUGUGGACGGCAAAUUUGGAGAAGCUGAGGAAUAAGAACGGCGAAGAGGAUAUUGAGGACGGCAGCGUGGACGUUUCUCGCUUCAAUUAUGAUUCCGACGAACCCAAUGAGUACAAUAAGCAAGAGGACAACAUUAACGCAAAAAACUGCGGAAGCAAUUCCAAUGCCAAUAGUACUGUAACUGGCGGAGACCAGAAGGGGAAGAAGAAGGGGCUGCCGGCAAAAAAUCUCAUGGCGGAGCGGCGGCGCAGGAAGAAGCUCAACGAUAGGCUUUACAUGCUUAGGUCCGUCGUACCCAAAAUAAGCAAGAUGGAUAGAGCUUCAAUACUUGGAGAUGCCAUUGAUUACUUGAAGGAGCUUCUCCAAAGGAUAAAUGAUCUUCACAAUGAACUUGAGUCAACUCCUGGUUCUCUGUUGCAGCCUUCUGCGAGCUUUCACCCGUUGACGCCGACGCCGCCGACUCUUCCCUGUCGGGUCAAAGAAGAGCUGUGUCCAAGCUCCUUGUCCAGCCCUAAAACCCAGCCUGCCAGGGUUGAAGUCCGGGUCAGAGAAGGCAGAGCUGUCAACAUUCACAUGUUUUGUUCUCGCAAGCCGGGUCUCUUGCUAUCCACCAUGAGAGCUCUCGAUAACCUCGGGCUGGACGUCCAACAAGCAGUGAUCAGCUGUUUCAAUGGAUUUGCUUUGGAUGUGUUUCGAGCUGAGCAAUCCAAGGAAGGUCAGGAGAUCUUACCUGAGCAAAUUAAAGCAGUGCUAUUGGAUUCAGCUGGUUUACAUGGUGUGAUUUAGGGGAAGCUGUUGCUCAAAUGCAGCCCUUCAUUGAUGGAUGGAUAAUCGAUCUGAUAUAUGCAUCAACAAGUUCUGUAAAUCCAGUGGCAUUCAGCUCGUCUUAUUCUUGAAGGCGCGGUAGGUCGGGUCGGGCGAAUAUUUUGUGGUUUUAGUCUUUUACUAAUCUUGCUUUCAGAACAUACUGCAUCAUCAACCUCAAGUGUUCACUUCAUUUGGUUGAGUUUUUUUGGAAUAAGAUUUUCUUCUGAAAUAUAAUGUAGUUUCCUUCCUUCUGAUAA